AGACGUAUUUCAGCCGUGGCGCACUUGCAAAUUACAAUAACAGAAUUACAAUGAUACCUUUAUACGAAAUAUAUUUAGCAAUCUGUCUUACACUGGCAAUCAAAGCAAUGACGAAAGAAUUUCAGUUUGGACAUUGGAUUAAAACGGAUACUGCAGAUCAUUUUGACGUUCACACUUUUGAAAUCAUGCUACUUCAAAACAUUAAAGACUGCAUUGAAUUUUGUAAGACAAGGAGACAAUGCCAAUUCUUCAAUUUCGAUCAUCAGGCAAAUGUUUGCUAUCUGAUUGGGGGCAACGGCACUUUCGUCUCUGAGAAGAAACCAAAAUUCAGUUUCGGAAAAAGGACAGAUUGGAAUAUGACAGGAUACGAAGAGUGUGGUAACUGCAGUGAUUACGGUGUUUGUAAGAAGGGGGAUGACGGUCAGUACUCUGUUUGCCUCAACUCUGGAUGCGGACCGCCUGAAAAGAAAAACAAUGCGAAAGUAAGUGGGAACAUGUUCUCAAUCGGGGAUAAGAUCCAGUAUAAAUGCAAGAAAAGAUACAAAUCAAACAAUGAAGUUUCGAUGACAUCAUCGUGCAAUCAAAAUGGAAUAUGGAGUCCAGUAGACUUUGAAUGCGUUCUUGAAGAUAACGUGUAUAAGCUCAACAACAUAUUCUAUCAAGUUAUUCCACAUGCGCAAAGCUGGAAUAAUGCUAAAGAAAAGUGUUCAAUGAUUGGAGGAUAUCUCAUAGACAUUACAUCCCAGGAAGAACAGAACUUUAUAGAAAGGAAUUUAAGAACUGAUGCGACUGCCAGUCACAACUGCUACUGGACUGGUGGUAAACGAGUUGGAUCGCAAUUUCAAUGGCUGGAUGGUACACCAUUUGGCAACAGCUACAGCAACUGGUAUCCCGGAGAGCCGGGCACUAGUGAGAAUUGCUUGGGCAUCGAUGUUGUUUAUGAAUACACGUGGAACGACAAACCUUGCGACUGGAUGUGUUACCCAAUAUGUGAACUGAUUUAAACUAAAAAAUAAAUGUGUGAGUGCGUGCGUGCGUACGUGCGUACGUACGUGCGUGUGUGGAUAGAUAGAUACGCGAGAAGUUAUUUUAGUUUUGUACUAUUAAUGACAUAUUUUCGACAGAGGCAACCAUUAGUUUUUUCUGUGUACAUUAGUUUUCUUUUUCGUCAAAAAUGGGGGGGAAAAACAAAGAACAUAUGAAAUAAAUUUAUAAUUGUAUCCAUCCAUGUACACGUUUCUCGCGCGUUUCAUAUUGCAUCUCAUGAAGAACAAAUUGUUGAUUCAUUCUGUAUAUAUGGCAAGACAAAGUUGAACAUCG